AUGAAUACCGUACCUCACUCCAUUUCUGACGAUGAAGACGCCGACCGCGCCGCCUCCAUCAUGGUCUCAAAUCUAGUCGAAGAACCCAACCCCCAUCUGCACGGCUCCGGCUAUAGCGAACAAUACAGACUCGGCAGAAACGACCGAUCCAGAGACAAUCCCGAUGAGAGCAAAGCCACCAGCUGCCCUCCCAUAAAGGACCGGAAGUUUAGCGAACCAGGACACGACCCGGAUCCAUCUUGCAACCGGGACCUGGACUUAUUAGACCGCGACCUAGACUUUGACCUUGACCUUGACCAAGACCAAGACCUAGACCUUGACCAAGACCAAGACCUAGACCUAGAACCAAGCCGCACAGAGGAAGAAGACCCUGGCAUGCAGGACCACGGUAUGCAGCACCCCCGUGUCCGGGACCCCCCUAUACAAGACCCCAGUGUGCAGGACACCGCACAGGCUACUGACUACGCGGUAGAAGCUGAGGCUGAGGAGGGUGAGCGGCGUGGUAGAGUCGAUGGGAGUAGUCGUCCCUCCAGUCCGGCCGGUUCCGACGACGAUCGACGAGACGUGGGCCGGAGGAGACCCCGGCGAUUCCGGCAGUUGGCCGCGCAGGGUACAGACUUGAUGGCUGACCAAAGGAACAGGUUCCGGCGGAAAAGUCCGGAAGGCCCGGCGCCGGUUCAGACCACGUCCGUCCCGUCCGAUGACACUUUAUCCCCUGGUAAGGACGAUGGGGACGGUCGUGACCGAGGUCGUGAGCGAAGUCGUGAGGGAGGUCGUGGGGAGGAUGCGGCGUGUGUGUCCCGGUUCAUGGCGCCGUCUAGUUUGCUCGAUAGCCCUUUGUGGUCUGCGGUGGAGUCCACGUUGCCCAAUUUCCGAGACAUCGCCAUAAGCUCUUGUACCCUGGGCAUUAAGACGGGUAGACUGUUCCGAUCGGCGAGGCCCUUCGGGGACUACAGUACGCUACACGGCGUGCUGGUAGACGGAUUGAAGAUCCACACCAUCAUCGACUUGCGAGAUGAUAAUCUGCUAGCGAUCAGAGGCGAAGAAGAGAGUAGACUUCAGGUCUCCCAGCUCUACCUGCUCUCACAUGUAACACAGAAGGGGCACACGACCUCCAGGAGCGGUUACCGCACACCACCGUCCCGCUGGCGCAGUCCUAAAAAAAAUAACCGACGAGGACUGGCAGAUGAUGCACGCAUGAUGGAAGACGUCUAUCGAGAAGCGAGCGUCGAAGAAUUCGCCUACAAAAUCAAAGGCCUUCCGUCGGCGCUCGCGGAAGAGAUCAUUGACAACCAAGAACUCUACCCUCUAUUCGAAACAUUCAUGCGACCCGAAUUGAAACACGCUUUAGUCGUCAACGUACUCGAGUAG